AUGAAAGUGAAGGUUCUUGAUUCUUCUUCGACAAAUUUAGUUUCAAUGGAAUUUAUUGAAUUAUCUGUGAAUCAAAGACCCGAUUACGAUGACGAGAAUAAUAUACCAAAGAUUAUAAUAUUCUUACUGGAGAACUUGAUUCAUCUCUCAUUCAAUGUUGUUGAUUCAGCAAGAUGUAAUCCAAUGUUAGAUUUUAAAUCAAGCACUGAGCCACCACCAUGUUAUUACAUCAAACAACAUUCAAUUGAGGUAAGAUGUGCUUAUACCGGAAUCGUAAGACAUGAAACAGUUUCAGAUUUAAUGAAUUAUCUUGUUUGCACAAGCCAAAUGAUAGGACGUCGCAAUAGUAUUCUAAUUUUUUUUGGUAAAGAUGACGAGGAGGAAGAAAAUCAAGAACAACAAACCCAAUAUUUUACUGGUGAUGAUGAUAUUAAUGAAUUUAAAGGCAUUUAUUAUCAAAUAUUUUAUUAA